AGAGAGGCCUGUGGGGGAGCCAGGCAGCAGAAGCAGGACUCACGGCCAGGUCAGAGAACUGCAAAGGCCAGAGGUCAUACUUCUGCCAAAAGGUACUGCCCUUUCUUCCUCCAAGGGCCACAACCAGUUCACCUGGGAGAUGGAUGCUCCGGAGGUUUACAGGGGCAGAUGAACACUUGUAAAGUGUUCCAUCUUUGAAGAUUGGUGGACAGUUUGUAGCGGAUCUGCAGCCCCAGUCUCUGGACCUGGCAUAUGAGGGAAGCAGCUCCGAGUAAUCUUAACAAGUGACUUCAGGCUCCUGCUUUUGAGCUGGGGGUGGCCCAGCCUGUAGCCCAGAGUCAGCUCUCUCCUUUCCCAAGUAUCUCUGCAAAAGAGGAUGCUAUAGCAUGGCCUAGUGUGGAGCAUAUGACUUUGGAGUCAGACAUCCUUGGCCUUGGUUCUCAGCUGUGCUACCUCUUAGCUCUGGAACUCUGAGUAAAUGAUACUCAGACUGGAACUUAGACCAUCGGUUCUCCUGGGUUUCCAGCUUGCCACCUGCAGAUCUUGGGACUUGUCAGCCUCCAAAACCACGUGCCUGACCGACGUCCUCUCCCCGGGGGAGCUGGUGUGGACGGAGGAGGGGCGUGCUGGUCACCAUGACAACAGAGACAGGCCCCGAUUCUGAGGUGAAGAAGGCUCAGGAGGAGGCCCCACAGCAGCCCGAGGCCGCCGCCGCUGCGACCACCCCUGUGACCCCUGCAGGCCACGGCGGCCACCUGGAGGCCAACUCCAAUGAGAAGCACCUGCCCCAGCAGGACACUCGGCCUGCUGGACAGAGCCUAGACAUGGAGGAGAAGGGGUAUGGGGAGGCUGAUGGCCUGUCAGAGAGGACCACGCCCAGCAGAGCCCAGAAAUCACCCCAGAAGAUUGCCAAGAAGUACAAGAGUGCCAUCUGCCGAGUCACUCUGCUCGAUGCCUCUGAGUACGAGUGUGAGGUGGAGAAACACGGCCGGGGCCAGGUGCUGUUUGACCUGGUCUGUGAGCACCUCAACCUCCUGGAGAAGGACUACUUCGGCCUGACCUUCUGUGACGCCGACAGUCAGAAGAACUGGCUGGAUCCCUCCAAGGAAAUCAAGAAGCAGAUCCGGAGCAGCCCUUGGAAUUUUGCCUUCACAGUCAAGUUCUACCCCCCUGACCCUGCCCAGCUGACAGAAGACAUCACAAGAUACUACCUGUGCCUGCAGCUGAGGGCGGACAUCAUCACGGGCCGGCUGCCAUGCUCCUUUGUCACACAUGCCCUGCUGGGUUCCUACGCCGUGCAGGCGGAGCUGGGCGACUAUGACGCCGAGGAGCACGUAGGCAACUAUGUCAGCGAGCUCCGCUUCGCCCCCAACCAGACCCGGGAACUGGAGGAGAGGAUCAUGGAGCUGCACAAGACGUACAGGGGCAUGACUCCAGGAGAAGCAGAAAUCCAUUUCUUAGAGAACGCCAAGAAGCUUUCCAUGUAUGGAGUAGACUUGCACCAUGCUAAGGACUCCGAGGGCAUCGACAUUAUGUUAGGAGUCUGUGCCAAUGGCCUGCUCAUCUACCGGGACCGGCUGAGAAUCAACCGCUUCGCCUGGCCCAAGAUUCUCAAGAUCUCCUAUAAGAGGAGUAACUUUUAUAUCAAGAUCCGGCCUGGGGAGUAUGAGCAGUUUGAGAGCACCAUUGGCUUUAAGCUCCCAAACCACCGGUCAGCCAAGAGACUGUGGAAGGUCUGCAUAGAGCACCACACAUUCUUCCGGCUGGUGUCACCCGAGCCCCCGCCCAAGGGCUUCCUGGUGAUGGGCUCCAAGUUCCGAUACAGUGGGAGGACCCAGGCGCAGACCCGCCAGGCCAGCGCCCUCAUUGACCGGCCCGCACCCUUCUUCGAGCGUUCCUCCAGCAAACGGUACACCAUGUCCCGCAGCCUUGAUGGAGCGGAGUUCUCCCGCCCAGCCUCGGUUAGUGAGAACCAUGACACGGGACCUGACGGUGACAAGCAGGAGGAUGGCGAGUCUGGGGGUAGGCGGUCAGAGGCCGAGGAAGGAGAGGUCAGGACCCCCACCAAGAUCAAGGAGCUAAAGUUCUUAGACAAGCCAGAGGAUGUCUUGCUCAAGCACCAGGCCAGCAUCAACGAACUCAAGAGGACCCUGAAGGAACCCAACAGCAAACUGAUCCACCGGGACCGAGACUGGGAGCGGGAGCGCAGGCUGCCCUCCUCGCCCGCCUCCCCCUCCCCCAAGGGCACCCCUGAGAAAGUCAACGAGCCCGUGAAAACGGAAACCAUGACGGUCAGCAGCCUGGCCAUUAGAAAGAAGAUUGAGCCUGAGGCUGUCCUGCAGACCAGAGUCAGCACUAUGGACACCAGCCAGCAGGUUGAUGGGACUGCCCCAGGGGGAAAGGAGUCCAUAACAACUGCUCCCUCCAUCACCACGGAGACCAUAUCGACCACCAUGGAGAACAGUCUCAAGUCCGGGAAGGGGGCAGCCGCCAUGAUCCCAGGCCCACAGACGGUGGCCACGGAUAUCCGUUCUCUUUCUCCGAUCAUCGGGAAAGAUGUCCUCACCAGCACGUACGGCGCCACCGCGGAAACCCUCUCCACCUCCACCACCACCCAUGUUACCAAAACUGUGAAAGGGGGGUUUUCUGAGACGAGGAUCGAGAAGCGGAUCAUCAUCACUGGGGAUGAAGAUGUUGAUCAAGACCAGGCCCUGGCUUUGGCCAUCAAGGAGGCCAAACUGCAGCAUCCUGACAUGCUGGUAACCAAAGCUGUCGUAUACAGAGAAACAGACCCGUCCCCAGAGGAGAGGGACAGGAAGCCACAGGAAUCCUGACCUCUGUGAAGAGAUGCUGGCGUUUCUGGUCCAACCCAAGCCAGAGAACCGUUAAGAAGGGGCCUUCAUUCUGGAUUCUCCGACUCAACACCGAAGUCCCAGCUGUGACGUACUGUCACCGAAAAGGAACUGGGAAAGGAAAAGCAUAUAUAUAGAGAUAUAUAUAGAUAAAGAUAUAUAUACGGGAAACGCCGCGUCCUUGCCCCGCUGCUGGGGCUGGUCACGCAGUCGGCCGGCAGCAACAACCAUCUGGACACCUACAUUUUCUUUGCAGACAAAUUGAUGAACUGGUGGGAUUUUUCAGGAAAAAAAAAAAUAUAUAUAUAUGUAAUGACAAUAAUCUCUCGCUCCCCCUUUCGAAGCCCUGUGGAACGACAAAAGCAAGCCAGACCACAGUGACCGUAGGAGUACAAAACCAUCCUGGUUCUGCACGUGACCUUGCGUGGACGAGCAUCCCAUUUGUCCUAAAGUGUGUGCUGUCCACUCCAGUGCAAAGGAAGCACUUUUGCGGCCAAGCAAGAGAAGUCGCGGCAGCAAGACAUGCACCGUCAACCGUUUGCCGAGAAAGAAAGAAAAUCCCCCACUCAGAAAGGAGGAGGAACACUGGAUUAUUAUUUUUUGGGUCUUGACACUGGGCUGCAAAAUCCACCUUCCUUUCUUCCGCCUCCCCUCCCCCUCGACUCCCGCGUCUUGUCAUUUCUGUCUCGGCUCCCCCUCCCCCUCCCCCACCCUCUGUAUCCUGGUCCUGCCAAGGGCCGCUGCAGAUGACUCUGGUUUGGAACAAGAAAAAGAAAAGAAGGCAAGAGCAGAAAACCCAGCCACAGGAAGGAAAGUAGACAGUGUAUGUUCAUGGGUUCUCAUUACGAGGGUGCGGCUUGUAGAUGUGUAUGGAUGUGCUUUUAAGUUAUGUAUAUGACAUAUAACAGGAAACAAAUAUUAAAAUAAACAGUGCUGGUAAGUAUGAAGCUGACAUUUUAAAAAUUAUAAUUAUCCGACUGUGAUUGAUGUAUCCCAAGGUUCUUAGAUCUCACUGAACCGGCCCAGCCGAGGAGACCUGGACUCUGGCCAUGGGUUGCUCGCAGUAGGAGCUGAUGGUUCAGCGUAGUAAUACAGUG